UUUUGAGAUUCUCGAGUCCGCAGCUCUUUAACUCCCUGAGUCUCUCAACCAUGGUGGCCAGAAAGAAGCAUUACAGGCCCGCCGGCAAGAAGAAGGAAGGAAACGCCGCCAGGUACGUCACCAGGUCGCAAGCCGUGAAGCAACUCCAAGUCAAUCUCCCUGUCUUCAGGAAACUAUGCAUUCUGAAGGGAAUAUUCCCUCGCGAGCCGAAGAAGAAGGUGAAGGGGAAUCACCAUACUUAUUAUCACUUGAAGGAUGUUUCGUUCAUACAGCACGACCCGCUGGUGGAGAAGAUGAGGGACAUGAGGGCUUAUGAGAAGAAAGUGAAGAAAGCCGAUGCGAAGAAGAACAAGGACCGGGCUGAUAUUCUUAAGCAGAGAAGACCCACUUACAAGUUGGAUAAUAUCAUUUUGCAGAGGUAUCCGACGUUCAUUGAUGCUUUAAGAGAUUUGGAUGACUGUCUGACUAUGGUUCAUCUCUUUGCUUAUUUACCUGCCAUAGAGGAUAGAAUUGAUGUAAAACGCAUCCAAAACUGUCGGAGGAUGAGCCAUGAAUGGCAAGCUUUUAUAUCUCGGACUCACAAAUUGCGCAAAGUGUUUGUAUCUGUUAAAGGCAUAUAUUAUCAGGCCGAGGUAAAGGGGCAAUUGAUCACAUGGUUGACUCCUCACCCUUUGCAGCAAGUUUUGACUGAAGAUAUUGACUUCAAUAUAAUGUUCAACUUUUUGGAGUUUUAUGAGGCUCUUCUUGCUUUUGUGAAUUGUCAUUUAUAUCGUUCCAUAAAUGUGAAGUAUCCACCAAUUCUUGAUCCUCGAUUGGAAGCUUUUGCAGCAGAACUGUAUGCACUGUCAAGAUAUUUCGAUGCAAAUUCUCGGUCCUCUGUGUUGGAUCCUCAGGUUUCAAGUUCUGGUAAAGUUGAUGAGUCCGAAUUAAGACUUGCCCAACUUCAGCAUCAACUUCCUUCCAAUGAACCUGGUACAUUGACGAGCCUCAUUGAAAAUGUCCAUGGAGAGGACGAAGAGGAUAAUGAUACAAUGCUGUGUAAGGCACUCUUCAAGGAUAUGAAAUUUUUCUUGAACCGUGAGGUUAACAGAGAAUCAUUACUAUUUGUGAUUCCUGCUUUUGGUGGGAUUGUGUCCUGGAAAGGAGAUGGAGCUCCAUUUGAAGAAGAUGAUACCAGCAUCACCCAUCAGAUUGUUGACAGGCCAUUGCAGCAUGAGCUCAUUGAAGGACGAAAAUAUGUUCAACCACAGUGGAUUUAUGAUUGUGUAAAUGUCAAGAAAAUUCUGCCUACUCGGGAUUAUUUGGCGGGACGAGAACUUCCCCCACACUUGUCACCUUUUGUUGACCCGAAGGAAGAAGACUAUGUUCCGGACUACGCAUUAAAAAUUGAACAAUGGAAAGCUGCUGAAAUCCUUCCACUUCCAGAUGUCGGAAAAGAAGAUUUGGAAGAUCCUCAGGAGAUUGCUGAUGUAGAAAAAGCAAAAGAAGCUGCAAAGAAUGAGAAGAAGCUGAAGGCACUUCAGGAGAAGCAUUAUGAGGGAUUGAAAGUGGAACUUAAAGGUGUCCCGUUGUCAAAAACAGAUAAUCAGAUUUCUGCUAAGUCGAUGGAGGACAGGGAAGAAUCUGAUCCUGAUUAUGAACAAAUGGCCAAGGAUAAAGAUGAACUUGCUCUACUUACUGUCUCCAAGAAAAAGAGGGGUCUUUAUGAAGCCAUGAAGAAAGGCAAGAAACGAAAGCAGGACAAUGUUGAGGUUAUCAAGGAACGGAAGAGAAAACUAAAAGAAUCUCAAAAAUCAAAGGAUGUUUGAGACCAAUAUUGUCUGAAUUGUGUAAUUGCCAUGUAUUGAGCUCAAAAAAUGGUGUCAAGGUGGCCAAAAAACUCUUGUUUGAUUUUGUUCGAUUUGUUUUCCUUAAGCUGGUUUAGAAGGCCACACCACAAGGUUUUUAGCAGAAACUGUAAUUUUGUACCUUCAAUAGUCUAAUAUAUUUCGAGUUGAGUCCAGCAACCCUGACAACAUCUUUUUAGUUGGGUGAAGAGCAUUCAUGUUCAA